CCCCGGGGCGGCGCCCGCGUCCGAGGCCGCGCGGCUGGGGCUGCCCGGCCUCCCCGCGCCCCAGCGCCGCCGCCGUCGCCAUGUCCUCUGGGGCCAGCGCGAGCGCCCUGCAGCGCCUGGUGGAGCAGCUCAAGCUGGAGGCGGCCGUGGAGAGGAUCAAGGUCUCACAGGCAGCAGCGGAGCUUCAGCAGUACUGCAUGCAGAAUGCCUGCAAGGAUGCCCUGCUGGUCGGUGUUCCAGCCGGCAGUAAUCCCUUCCGGGAACCCAGAUCCUGUGCUUUACUCUGAAGACAGGGAAGAAGUUCGCUGAGGAAUUCUUUCCAGUGCAGAUUAAUGAAUGACUGCCUUCAGGUCUCAAGAAAACACUUUUCUCUAGUCAAAUGACUUUUAGAUGUUUCAGACCUUUUCUGUUACCUAGUCCUAUAGGCAGUAUUCUAUAGAAAUUUGAUUUUCUGGUCAAUAAGGAAACCAGAUUUAAAUAAUAAUCAACAAAUUUUGCCUUCUUUUGGUCAAGUACUCUGUACUUAAAACAAGUACUUUAUCGUCAAAUACAUUCCAAAAUGUACCCCUUUAAUAAGUAAAUUACUGUGUUUGUAUGCCUAGAAUAUUAUGUUUUAUUUACUGUAUGUUUACACUUUUGGGAAACACUUGUUUAUUAAAAACUGCUUAUUUAUAAUUUGUUGUUCCAUGAAUAAGAUUUUUGUAUUAUGGCAAAAUUUGUUCUGGAGCGAUAGCACAGCGGGUAGGGCGUUCGCCUUACAAGCGGCCAACAUGGCCGACCCGAGUUCGAUUCCUCCGCCCCUCUCGGAGAGCCCGGCAAGCUACCGAGAGUAUUCGAUAUGCCAGACACAGUAACAACAAAGUCUCCAAUGGAGACGUUACUGGGCCCAAUGGAGACGUUACUGGGCCCGCUCGAGCAAAUCAACGAUCAACGGGAGGGCCUUUACCUUUUACCUUUACCUUGUUCUUUUCCAAGUGAAUUUACAAUUUCUAAAUAAGGAUAUAAGAUUGGGAGAAAUAGAUUUCAAUAGUUCAAAAGUCCAAAAUAAUGUUUUGAACUUUCUUAAUGAGAAAACUGUUUAAAUUUUAACACUAUAUGAAACAUAUUCUUAGCAAACUUUCUUAGGCUGAUGGCGUGUAAGAGAUCACCCAUCUUGUCUAUGAAGCAUAUUUGAUAUUUGCCUUUUUUAAUUCCCUCUACUUUGUAGUUGUGAUUAUCCUUCAAAAAAUGUAACACUGUAGCACCGUCCUCCCGUUUUUCAUCGAGUUGCUUGAGCAGGCACCAGUAAGGUCUCACAACAAAUUGUGAGACUUGUUGUUACUGUUUUUGGCAUAUUGAAAACUUUACAGGUAACUUACCAGGCUUUGUAGCUUUCCAGGCUCUCCGAGAGGGCCAGAAGAAUCAAACCCUGUUCGGCCAUGUCAGCUGCAUGCAAGGCAAAUGCCUUACCCACUGUGCUAUCACUCCAGCCCCUAAUUUGGGAUACUUUUAAAAGAUGUUAUUGUUAUUGUAAUAAAUCUUUGAAGAACUUGGAAAUAAAAUUUAUGCUUGAU